AUGGGAUUGAAUACUGACUCUCAUAAGUGCAUCUGCCACUUCUUAGAUAACAAGAAAGAGAAUCAAACCAACAGGAGUGCAUCAUCAAUAUUACAGAAUAAUAUAAUGCAAGAAGCAAUAAACUUGACAAAGAAUAGUGAUAUUAAUAUAUUAUUUGAGAAAAAUUCUGACAUUAGAGUCAGAAGCACUGCAACUCCAGAAAAUACAGUAAAUAUAUCUUCCAGUGCCCAGCCACCUGCUUCAAAGCAUGUGAUAUGGCAUGAUGCCAAGCAGUAUUACCUGAUCAGAUCACUGAAUGCAGUCAAUAAAGCAGUGCUUUUCAUUGCAGAGCAACUCUGGAGAUAUAAUGACAGACAUAAUGUCAGUAAUAUAUCAAGUACCUCAUCUAAUAAAUCAAACAAGACAGAAGCUAGAAGACUUCACAACAUUGCAAGUUUUGCACAGAAGCACUUUAUGAAAAAGACUUAUAAUAUUAUGAUGGGGAAACUCUCUGGAUUAACAGCUGAAGAAUAA